AUGACGGUGAAACCAACCCUGGCUGUGGCUAUGCCAGCAGCGUACCCCCUGCCUCCUCGCCUUCGGCGCUACAUGCAACACUCCCUGGCUGUCAUUGAUGCACAUCCAAAAAACCUUCAUGGGUAUGUUGUAUAUGAGGUAGAGAAUCAGGUUCCAGAGAGCCCUAAAAAUCACAGGCAAUGCGGGAAAGAGAAACAGGGAAUGAUAAGUCACAAUAUAAAAGCUAAGGCAUACCCAGAGAAAUUAACAGGUAUUCUUGAAAUAACUGCUGUUGAUGUUGGAAUCGUUGCCAUCAAGGGCUUGUUCUCUGGCAGAUACCUGGCCAUGAACAAAAGGGGCAGACUUUAUGCAUCAGAAAAUUAUAAUGCAGAGUGUGAGUUCGUGGAGAGGAUCCAUGAGUUGGGUUAUAACACCUAUGCGUCCCAUCUCUACCGGACUGUACCUAACAGAGCCGGCACCAAGCGCAAAGCCAGUGCAGAGAGACUCUGGUAUGUCUCAAUCAACGGGAAAGGACGACCCAGAAGGGGCUUUAAAACUCGCAGGACACAGAAAUCGUCUCUCUUUCUGCCCAGGGUAUUGGAUAACAAAGACCAUGAAAUGGUCCGACUGUUCCACACAAACAUGAAAUAUCGAGAGAGUCUCCUGAAGCCCCCGAGCAAGAACCAGCGAAGAAGGAGAGGACACUGA